CAGCGCGGCGCGUUGUCAGUUCGCUCUCAGCGCCCGACAUGGCUGCAGUUCUGGAAGUACUGUCAAGGGGGCUUCCCCUGGAGCCACUGCCACCGCCUUGCAAACGGGACGAAGCCCUGCCUCAUGCCCCGGUUAGGAGCCACAACCUCACCGCCCCGGAGCAGAGACUGGCUGUACAGAACGCCCUGCGCUACUUCCCGCCCAGCACCCAUCGUGCCCUAGCCCUAGAGUUCGAGUCUGAACUGAGGGAGUACGGCCAUAUUUACAUGUACAGGUUCUUGCCGCAGUUCCCCGUCAGAGCCUACCCGCUGAGGGACUUCCCCGCGAGGAAUCAGCACGCAGCGGCCAUAAUGCUCAUGAUUCUGAACAACCUGGACCCGGAAGUGGCGCAGUUCCCCCAAGAACUAGUGACCUACGGUGGCAACGGGCAAGUGUUCUCCAACUGGGCACAGUUCUGGCUGACUAUGCAGUACUUGUCCCAGAUGAGCGAGGAGCAGACUCUGGUCAUGUGUUCUGGACACCCCUUGGGGCUGUUUCCCAGUGGUGCCGCUGCUCCCCGGGCUGUUAUCACCAACGGAAUGGUGAUCCCCAAUUACUCCAGCAGACAAAACUACGAUAACAUGUUCGCGCUGGGGGUGACAAUGUUCGGGCAGAUGACGGCCGGCAGCUACUGCUACAUCGGCCCUCAAGGGAUCGUACACGGUACAACGAUCACGGUGCUGAAUGCGGGCAGGAAGUACCUAGGGACAGAAGACCUGGCGGGGAAAGUGUUUGUCACCUCGGGGCUCGGAGGCAUGAGCGGCGCACAGCCAAAAGCAGCCGUCAUUGCAGGUUGCAUCGGGGUCGUCGCGGAGGUCAGUCUGGAGGCCCUGGAGAAGCGACAAGCCCAGGGCUGGCUGCAUAAGAUAGAACGAGACCUCGACCGGGUGAUACGGCGCAUCCGAGAAGCGAAGAGGACCAAAAAGGCGGUCAGUAUAGGUUACCAUGGCAACGUUGUGAGCCUGUGGGAACGUCUGGUGGAGGAGAAGGAGAAGACUGGAGAACUCCUGGUAGACCUGGGUUCGGACCAGACUUCGUGCCACAACCCUUACAACGGGGGAUACUACCCCGUUCAACUGGAGUACGUGGAAGCGCAAGAGGUGCUGGCCAUGGAGCCGGAUCGCUUCAGGAGUCUGGUGCAGGCCAGCCUUGUGCGGCAGGUUGCCGCCAUCAACAAGCUAGCCGAGAGCGGUAUGUUCUUCUGGGACUACGGCAACGCGUUUCUAUUGGAGGCACGGCGCGCGGGGGCGGACGUAGGGGUGCAAGGAGAUGCCACGGGUCUCAACUUCCGGUACCCAUCUUACGUACAGGAUAUCAUGGGGGACAUAUUCUCGCUCGGGUUCGGCCCGUUCCGCUGGGUCUGCACUUCGGGAAGCCCCGACGACUUACACGUGACGGAUCAACUUGCUGUUCGUAUCAUGGAGGACAUACUUGCUGAGGGAGUGCCCCCUGUGGUGGAGGCGCAGUAUCUGGACAACUUGCGGUGGAUCAGAGAGGCCGGUCAGCACCAUCUUGUGGUGGGUUCCCAAGCGCGGAUCCUCUACUCCGACAGAGUGGGCAGGACCCGCCUCGCUCUGGCCUUCAACUCCUCCGUGAGGGACGGAACAUUGCAGGCUCCAGUUGUCAUCAGCCGAGACCAUCAUGAUGUGAGUGGGGCAGACAGCCCUUACAGGGAAACAUCCAACAUCACUGACGGAUCUGCCUUCACGGCAGAUAUGGCGGUACAGAACUGCAUUGGAGACUCUUUCAGAGGCGCCACCUGGGUGGCGCUUCACAACGGUGGCGGAGUAGGCUGGGGCGAGGUUGUGAACGGGGGUUUUGGCCUGGUUCUGGACGGCACGGAGGCGGCUGCCCAGAAAGCCGCCCUCAUGCUCAGCUGGGACGUCAGCAACGGCGUGGCCAGAAGGUGCUGGUCGGGGAACAAGAAGGCGCUCCUGGCCACGAAGAUAGCCAUGAAGGAAGUUGCGUUACUGCGCGUCACACUGCCACAUGAAGUUGAAGAUGAAGAGGUGCUGAAGAAUCUUCUUCCCCACUAACACAGCGCACAAGAGAGCCUCUUCUCCUGCAGACAUACAGCUGCUCCGCGCCACAAGUGAUGGAUGGCAUAUUGCCGAGCAAGAGAGAAGGCUAGGGGAAGCUCUGGGCGUUCCCAGACGUCUUUCUCUGCAGAGAGCCAGGCAGCAGACUGACCUGCUUCGCCUCUCUGCGCAGCGUUCCAACAAAUGGACUUAUGUUAGUGACUGUUUCUGACUAUGCGUGCCGUCACUUAUGGCGCGAACUGUCGCGGCACAAACCCAACAACAGACUGCCCUUCGAGGAGUAGGGGCGGGGCGGGGCAGGAGAAGACGGCAUGAUCACAUCUGAAAGCGCAUAAUUUGCCACGGAGCUAUUCGGAUGGAAAUAAUAUUCUGAUACACUGAUACAUAAAGAAAGGAUCCUAAAGGAAGAGGGCGUGGGGUUGUGGGCUGGAUUAGUGUGCCUGCGGAUAGCGACCAGUGGCGGGAUUUUGUGAACGCGAUACUGAACCACUCGGUUUCCUAAAACGCUGUGAUUCUCUUGUAUAGCUGAUAUUCUAUUACUGUCACAAGAACGACACAGCUCCAUGAUGUUCGAUAU